AUGAGACGGACCCCCCCUGUGGGCCUGGGGGACCUGACCCUCAUGUCCCGAGGACUGGUCAUCGCCCCGCGCCCCUGGACCGCCCAGCGCAUCAUCUCAUCGGUACAGUCAGCCCCAGAUGAGCAUCUGUCCCUGGGGGAGAUCAAGSSCCUGCUCCCCCGGAGGCUGRKGGAGAGGCUGGAGGAUGUGAGGGCAGCGUUCAAGGCCCUGGACCCUGAGSGGAGCGGCUCAGUGACCCAGGGGGAGUUCAGACAGGUGGUGGAGGCCUUCCUCUUCCCCCUCACGCAGACCCAGCUCAACGCCAUGCUGGCCAAGGUGUCUAAGAGAGACAGUGUAACGGUGGACUACAUGGACUUCCUGAGGAGCACAGAGACCAGACACCUCUACAGCACAGAGACCCCACAGAUCUACAGCCUCCUCUACAGCACAGAGACCAGACACCUCUACAGCCUCCUCUACAGUACAGAGACCAGACACCUCUACAGCCUCCUCUACAGCACAGAGAUCAGGCAGCUCUACAGCCUCCUCUACAGCACAAAGACCAGACAGCUCUACACCCUCCUCUACAGCACAGAGAUCAGGCAGCUCUACAGCCUCCUCUACAGCACAAAGACCAGACAGCUCUACACCCUCUUCUACAGCACAGAGACCAGGCACCUCUACAGCCUCCUCUACAGCACAGAGACCAGACAGCUACACCAGAGAGACAGUGUACGGGUGGACUACGAUGGACUUCCUGAGGAGUACAGCAGCGUGACUACAAUUGGGAGCAACCUGAAGAAUGUAAUCCGGGCUUUUCGUCUGUUCGACUACAACCGAGACGGACAGAUCCAGCAACACGAGCUGCGCAGGAUACUGGAGAACUACUGCUUUCCCUUAACACAGAGAGACUACCAGAGACUGUGGACCCACYAMAGCCCUAACRACAUGGCAACMRUGUCCUACAAAGUGUUCCUGGAGAAGCUGGGCCUGGAAUCUAACAAGUACAGGAAGUUUGUCCCGGAGCCUCCAAAGCUAGCGUUGGGCUGGCAAGAAAUUAGUCCUCCAGACAAGAUAAAACUGAGGAACAGAGCCUUGUCCCAGAAUGCAACAGGAGAUACACAAGAUAUCCAAGGCCUGACUCAAGACGAGCUGCAAAAGCUCUUCCUGAAAAAGUUGUGUGUGAGCUGUACCCUAGUGUGGAGAGCACUGCAAGCGUUUGAUGUCACCCUCUCUGGACUGGUGUCCCAGGAAGACCUGAGGGCCGUCCUCAGCAGCUUCCUGUUUCCCAUGAGCCUCAGCACCUUCCAGAGCCUGACGUGCCGUUUUGGGGUGAGAGCAACAGGGCCUGUGAAAUGGAAACAGUUCCUGGGUCAGUUUCAGGGUCCAGUCACAGAGGAGGACUACACCACUCCUCAAACAGACAGGGUUCCUGAGCUACCUAAUGCAGAGGAGGGCUCUCUGACAGAGUUCUACCCUAUACUGAAGAGAGCCUUUAAACAGUUGGACAGGGGUAGGAUAGGGAGGAUCACCAGGGCAGACCUUCGUCAGGCUUUGGAAGUCCCACAGUAUAACCUGAGGGGUCCCCAGAGCUCCUGGUCCAGCCGCAGGGAGCCCCACACCCCCAGGCCCCGUCUGAGCCCAGCCCAGGUUAGAGAGCUCCUGAUCCUGCUGGACCCAGAGCAUACUGGGGUCAUCACUCAGCCCAGCCUGGAGCUGCUCAAACCCAGGAGGGUGCACUCUUCCCCGGGGAGGGAGACACUACACACCCCUACUGGAGGAUGGAAAGAGGAGGUCAUGGAGGAUGCGGCUCAGGUGAAGGGCUUGCUGCGUGAUAAGCUGAGUGAUCAGAUAGGUCCCAUGCUGGAGGCUUUAGGGGACUGUGACCCUCGACAGACAGGCUCUGUUCACCAUGAAGACCUGAGAAGGAUCAUACAAUGUUACGGCCUGCCCCUCUCACACACACACUUCAACAAGCUGUGUGAGUCUGGUUUAGACCCAGGGUCAUGCAGGGUCAGGUACAGACAGUUCCUCAGGGCCCUGGGCCUGCCUACAGGAGAGACACAGACAGGCACUAUACACUACCCCCGCAAGGGCUCUGACAGACUAAACUAUCAAUCCCAGAAUGCCUUGGUGAACAACAAGCCAGUGCGUCCCCCCAGCGCCACUGUGGGGGGUCCAAGGGUUCGCAUGGUAGAGAACACUAUGUUCAGGAAGCUCAAAGAGAGGCUGGACCACAGACACGUUACCCUCGACGACCAUAUCCGGGCAACGGCCAGAAGCUCAGACGGAAUGCUGUCGUUGAGAGAUCUAAAGAAGAUACUGGAUGACAGCUGGAUCACCUUGGAUGAGAAGCAGUUCCGCAAGCUCAACGUAUCGCUUGGUUUCAAAGACGGAAAAAUGUCCUGUUCAGCUUUCCUGGAUAAGUAUGACGAGAACCAGGCCAGAGAGCAGAACCAGGCCUCGGGGGGUAACCGUGGUAACCUGCGGGCUAAGCCACGCCUCCUGACAGCGGAGGACUGCCUCAGUGUGAUCAAAGAGAGGAUCGAGAACAUCCACGGGGACAUCCUGUCAGCGUUCCGUGUGAUGGAUAAGAACUGUGACAGCGUGGUGGACAGGCAUGACUUCAGAGAGCUGUAUGACAGUCUGGGCCUGGUCACCAAGGAGAGGGAGUACCAGCGCCUGCUGCAGCUGCUGGGCCUGCAGCCUGGAGCCAACCUCAACUACCCAGAGUUCUUCACCCUCGUCCAAUCCAGCGGCAAGAGUCGCAGGCAGAAUUUCAAGCCAGCCAAUGGGCCAGACCAACUGCAUGAACACCUGGCGUCCAACGCACGCCACAGAUGGACUGCUAUGUCAAAGGUGAUUUGUCGCUUUGACGAAGAUGGUCAGGGUCUGGUCUUCAAGAAGGACCUCUGGAGUCUCCUCUAUACCUACGACCUCCCCAUCAGUCCUGAUGAGUUAGAGGAACUGUGGGCCAGGUAUGAUGGAGAAGGGCGUGGCUACCUCGCCUGUGCUGCGUUCCUAGAGAAGCUGGGCGUGGAUCCACAGGAGGUGGGACAUGCGAGGAAGGAUGCAGACACCACCCCCAUACAUGGUCUCCCUGCAGGGGCUACGCUGCAGGACAUUGAGCGCGUGGUGCAGGGUAACUGUGAGGGGUUGAGCAGUGCUCUGAACCGCCUGGAUAAGAAGAGAGAGGGCCUAGUCAGGGUGGAGGACCUACAGAGUCUGCUCCAGAGAUACAACUGUCUCCUACACAGACACCAGCUCACCCACCUCCUACACACACUCAAGGUUCCAAUGGACAGUGAGGACAGGACGUUGUCAUACGUGGACUUCCUGAAGGCGUUUGACCACGUGACAGGGAAGGGGUGUGAGCACCCCCCUAGGCUCUGUGGAUCCCCUGACCCAGCCGAGAGUCUGGAGUGGCUCAGUCCUGAAAGAGCUGUUGGUAGGAUACGGGAACUGGUCACUGCAUCGAUGGAUAUACUCCACAAGGCCUUCUCUGCCUUCGACAGGAGUGGGAACGGGAUGGUCACCCCUCUGGAGUUCCGGCGGGUGCUGGACCAUUUUUGUGCCCGCCUCUCGGACCCCCAGUUCAGAUUCCUGCUCGACAGAAUGAAGCUGAACUGGGAGAACCACACGGUGUACUGGAGAGACUUCCUCAACCAACUCAAGGUUCCAAUGGACAGUGAGGACAGGAAGUUGCAUUAUGUGAACUUCCUGAAGGCGUUUGACCACGGGACAGGGAAGGGAACUGGUCACCACAUCGAUGGAUAUACUCCACAAGGCCUUCUCUGCCUUAGACAGGAGUGGGAACGGGCGGUCACCCCUUUGGAGUUCCGGCGGGUGCUGGACCAUUUUUGUGCCUGCCUCUCGGACCCCCAGUUCAGAUUCCUGCUCGACAGAAUGAAGCUGAACUGGGAGAACCACACGGUGUACUGGAGAGACUUCCUCAACCAGUUCAACCUAUGCAACCUGGACGUGUGUGUUUGGGUCUGUGUGUGUGUGGUGGGGGGUCCGUACUCUGUGUUUAUACGUAGGCCUGUGCAUGUGCAUUAUGCAUCUGUUUUUAUUUGUUGCGUGUGUAUGCAUCUGUGUGUGCAGACCCCUGAGGAUUGGUCAGACAGAGUGGGUAAGGCAGGUUUCCCCACCCAGCCCCAGCCUUUGCCAAUCAGUGAGGAAGUUGUCUCCGCCCGCCUGUACACCAUCACCAAGGAGAUAGUGGACUUAGACCACACCCAUAAUGACACCAUCUCUAAAGAGGACUUCAGAAUGAUGUGUGACCGCCAUUUCAUGAGGCUCACCCGUGACCAGUUUGAGAGGGUGUGGGAGAAGCUGCCAGUGAAUGUGCUGGGGGAUCUGGAGUACAGGGAGUUCCUGAAGCACGCCAGGGGAACUGUUGGGAUAAGGGACAAGACCACAGACCCAGAGGACAUCAGUCCCCUGAAAUCUGCAUCACCACCAUCCCCUGGGGCCAUAGAUAGGAUGUCAUCCUCCCCACCAGCUCUACAGAGGCCAAAGACUACAGGCAGCAACCUCCAACGCUCAAAGUCGGAGGUGGGUGUGUCCAGCAGGGCCAGGCGUCCGUCCACGGCGGGGAGAGAGAGGGAGAGCCCCCUGGUGGACUGUGAGGAGGUGGAGAGGAGGCUGAAGGUGCAGGUGCAGCGCUGCUGGAGGGACAUUCAGAGGAGGUGCAGGGAGGAGGACAGAGACAGAGACGGAGAGAUCAGCACACGCUGCUUCCUGGACAUCCUGCAAAGCCUCAACGUCAGUGUGACCCAGAAGGAGCUUGAUCGUCUGGCCGUAAAGUUCGACAUGAGGGACAGUGGGCACGUGUCAUAUCCUGACUUCCUACGUCACUUCCUCCUCAACUUCAAACCGCCAGCAGUUAGACAGCCCUUUGAGCGGCCCAAACUACCUCUCCCCACUACACCGAUGAGUGGGGGUGUUCUCAGUAGACAGUGUGUGGAAGCCAUGCUGAGGCUCUAUGGCCCGGUCCAGCAGUUCUGGCGCUCCUUGAGGCAAAACUUUGUUACCUUGGACCACAACCACAGUGGCAAAAUCUCCAUCAAGGAAUUCAGAAAGGUACUAAGGCAGUUCAGAGUGAACCUAUCUGAGGAAGAAUUCUUCCACCUCACCUCUUUCUUUGACAAGAACACUACGGGGAAGAUCUCCUACAAUGACUUCCUACGGGGCUUCCUACACUGACCUCUAAUCUCUGCCAUCUAACUAUGGCCCUACUGUAGGCUCCUGUGAAGGUUUAGCUAGUUAUCACUGAUAAAUCAGUCCAUAUUGAUCGCUAUAAUUUUACUGCACCACUGAGUGAAGGAGGRAUACACAGWAUUAUUACAAAAUCAUGUCAUAUAAAUUAAAACAUAUAAAGUGAUGUAUUAUCAAAAAUAUAUAUUGUCGAGGGUUUUCUCCCAAUAUCUUCCCCUGGCAUAUCUACAGCUUUUUCUCCCUCUAGCAUACCGAUUUAUCUCUCCGCUGUAUGACUUUAUGAUACUGAUUGCUUUCCGAACCAAACCCAACCAAAUAAAGUGCUUUUGGAUGAUGUACGGACGCUGCAACAUGCAGGGGGACUGUCUUUGUUCCCAUCUGACGGGAAACGAAAUGGAUGACAAGGAGAAGGAGAGGGCGUUUGUCAUUCAUGAGAUAGACGGCAUCACCGUUGCAAGACAGAACCCAGAGAGAGAGAGAGAGAUCAUUA